UAGUGUCGCAGUGAAUGCUCGCGUUUCCUGUCAAAAGCGCCAUUGCGCAUGACAGUCAGUGCGGCCUUGCAGACUGAGAGCGCUGCCAACAAAGGCCGAGUCGAUGGGGUUACAAAAAGAUUGUUAAUUUGGACUUCUAAACCCUUUUGUUGUUGUAAUUAUAAUUUUAUAUAGGUUGUGAAUUUGUGAUUACGGUUAAGAAAAUGUGUGAAUGAUAUGAAUCGUGACGACUAGCAAAGGAGUCAGCUGGUCCACAGUGCGAAUAGUGAAUAAGAAAUGGCGGCCUUGCCAGCAGGUGUUCAGUAUGGGUUAUCAUCGGAGUCUAGUUAUAAAGAAAACAAGGAACUAGUGUUUGUGAAAUUAACGGAUUCAGCGCUGAAAGCUAUUGAAGACUUCCUUAGGAAUAAUAGGGACAGAUUGGCAAAACCUAAAAUACAGUUCCUACCCGGAAAUGAAGGGAAAAUCUCCAUUCCGGCGCCAGCCAGUGGCAAUGGCCAAUCAGGCGAGGCUACAUUUCACUUCAGCAUUAAUAGUAAUGCAGAGAUGGAGGGUCCACAGGGUUCGUUCGAGUGCGUCCGGAGUGGCGGCGCUCGAAGAUUGGAGUCGUGCGGGCCACUACCACGCAGGAUGCGUGUACAGGCCAACGACGACUCGUACGAAGCCACAAAGGACCGUAUGGCGAGAACCGUCGCCGCGGAGCAGAGUAAAUGCACCCGCGUGAUCAAACCUAACCAGACGGACAUUGGACGUCGCGUCAAAUUGCGCUCAGCGCAUCCUUACUCGGGUGUGGGGGCGACCCAGUUGUCCGAGCGGGCUGAGAGGCCCGACCGGCCCGACAGGCCCGAACGGCCCGAGAGGCCCGAGAGGCCCGAACGGCCUGAGCGACCUGAGCGAGCGGAACGGCCCGAGAGGCCGGAGCGAGUGGAAAGGCCUGAACGGCCUGAUCGAGUGGAAAGGCCAGAACGGGCCGUUCCACCCGUCCCUCGCCCGCAGCCGCCGCCGGCCGCGCCGCCGCUCCCCCAGCAUCAACAGCACCAACACCCGCCCAAUCCGCACCAGCCGCAGCGGCCACCCCCUAAUCCGGAUCUCACUAAGCGGUCCCUGAAAGAAAGACUUAUACAGUUAUUAGCAUUGAAACCCUUCAAGAAGCCCGAAUUGUACUCAAGGGUUUAUAGUGAGGGUCUCAAAGACAAGGAGCGCAGUCUGAUGAACAAGAUUUUGCCUCAUAUCAGUACGCUCAAGGAUAACUGUUACCACUUACGUAGAAACAUUUGGAAUGACGUCAACGAGGACUGGCCUUUUUAUACCGAGGAGGAGAAACGUAUGCUCAAGAGGCGGAAACCUCAAAACUUAACACCACCGCUAAGCAGCGACUCUGCGAACUCAUUAUCCCCGCGAGCGUCGCCGAGCGCCGGCAAGCGGCCCAGCAGCGCCAGCGGGGUCAGUGCGGCCAGCGCUGCUAAUGCGGCCAGUGCGGCCCCCGGCGCGGCCGCCGCGGCCAGCGUGGCCGUGUUACCCGCGCUGGCGGACGAGCCGCCCGCCGCCAAGAAGCAGCGCAUCUCGCACUACCGCCGCGCCUCCCCGCCCUCCUCAGGGUACGCCACCACCUCCUCCGGCGAGCGACAAGCCUCCGAUAACGAGGAUGAGCGGACCACUGUUAAAAAGGACAAUGGUUAUACCCUCAAUUAUAAUACUGUAAAGGAUCUCUGCCCCAGUCCUGUGAAGGCGAAUGGUUUUAGAAGUAGUCCCCCAGUAGAGCAAACUAAUAUCACAGAAAAAGACAUCACAAAUAAUGAACCUUUAGAAAAUACAGAAUUAGCGCCUGUCCAUGAUGAGAAUAUGACUGAUUUGGAAGAGAUUGAAAGAUCAUCAAGGAUUUCAAGGCAAUAUCCGCCUAUAACUAGUUCUAACAUUCGGCGGGCGUACAAGAACGAGUUUGCUGAGCUGUAUACUGAAUACCGGGCUCUGUAUAACCGCGUGGCGCAAGUUGCGGCGCUGUUUACGAGGCUCGAAGCUGAACUUAAUCGUGCCCAGCCGCUGUCGCCGCAUCAUCAGAGUAUAGAGCAGCGCAUCGUGGACGAGUACCGGCGCGUGAACAACGACCCGGCGUACAAGCAGCAGCGGCGGCGCGUCAACUACCUGCACCGCAAGCUCACUCACAUCAAGCGUAUGGUUUAUCAGUAUGAUCAGCUGCGAAACUUAAAACCAGAUCGUGUUUCGACCGCGAGCACAACGCAAGCGUACUGACACUCGAGUUUCUCGCCGCCCGCCGCUCGCUGCCUUUAGUACCGACGUAUAACUAACACGCCUACACAAAACAUCUCAACAGGUCAUAGACAUUUGUAUUAUAAGAUCUAUAGUUUUUAUACGAGUCAGUGUCUCCCGUUUAGUGACAGAGUUAAGCUUUUUAUAUAUAUAACGUUAGGCCUUCUAUGUACUCUUAACGGUCAUGUUAAAGCGCUGACUGCUGAACCUUUUAUCACAAGGAUUUUGAAUAGCGAUGUCGCCUUAUGAUGUUUGUUAGAGACGAUAAUCUGUGAUCGAUGUAUGGUACCUUCUUAUUCUGAAAUGCAGUAUAUGAGAACAUCAUCAAGUAAAAUAGUGUUCAGGACUUGUUCCAACUGCAUUGGUUCCUUCGAUCAUAAGUCCUUAUUGGUAAGGAUGCGAUUAUCGUCUCUCAAUAAUGUUCUGAGGCAUUAUAUCGAUGAUUUGUAUGUAGUUCUUGUCUUGUGGCAGGUUUUCUACUGUUAAGUAUCUUCUUAAAAUUGACUUUUUAUUUUUUUAUCGCUGGGUGAGCAUGAAUGUGCAUUUUGGAAUCCAGUCUCUGAGAAGAGUGAGUUUCAAAAUGUAAUUUAUCUUCGUGUACACCCUAAGAGCGUUUCUUCAAUUAGUUGAAUCUUAACUAUUAUUUUCGUUUGACGAUUCUGCAAACGAGGAAAAAACCUCAAUAAAUAUGUAUGAUUCAUGCCAAUCAACAGUUUGUUGUCAUUGGAACACUAAACGUCUAACAAAUGACCUCUACGCGGGACGAAAAUGAAAGUAAGCGUUUCGUUCUCUGAUUGAAUAAACGCCUGUUAAUGAACUUGUAGUUUGAGUUAUAUGUUUUAUAUUAGUGCAUCACUGAUGCAUACGGUAGCCUGCCAACUUGGCAAGACAAACACUAGUUGUGACCACACAUGGUUGAGGUAAUUAUUGUUCUGUUUUUAGUCAUUCUCAUUGUAGUUAAUAAAUACAAAAUAUUAAGUUACAUAAUAGUAUAUUAAGUUUCAUUGUUCUUCCAUUAAUUUUAACAGAGCGAUACCUUGACCAUCUGAUAAAACAGAGCGAUAUUCGCUGUAACUGAUGUGAGUUCCCAUACUGAAUAAAUGUUAUUCAAUACUUUGUAAUACAACAUGUAUCAUAAUUAUUCUUCUUUUCGGACCUAACAUUGUUUCUCGCUUUUGUAACGAAGUGCAAAUUUUAUCAGAUUUUUACUUAGUUUUUAACAGAAGAGAAACAAAUAAGGUCUUCUAUAACUACUGUCCUUAUUUGCCAUUGUCAUUGAUUCUAUUUUGACAAUUGCAACCUUACUCCGUCGUCAAUCGAAUGGCGUGAAUCUAUUCCCCAUAUCGAAGACUUAACUGGUUGAUUUUUAUAUUGUAAAUAGCAUAUUAUGUAUAUUAAAAUUUAAAUUAUCAAGUAUAUAAUAGUCCAAUUAGAUAUAUGUUCGUCCACAUUUAAUUCCAGUCGAAAAUUAUUGCCGUCUAAUGUUAUUGUUGUCCAAAUGAAUUUUGCUUAUACUGUAUGCUGAAUUAUUUUCUUGUAACAAGGUCAAAGUGUAAAUAAUUUUAUGUCGCAGAGAAUGACGCCGUACUGAGCGACAAUUCGUAGAAGUCAAUUUGAUCGACUAUUGGCCUUCAAUAACAAUUAUAUUGCCCUUUUUAUCUAUACUAAUUAGCCCAAUGUCGUCCCUUUCGCUUCUAAACAAUCCAUCCAUAUUUUAAUGUUGGACGUUCAUUUUAUUUUAUUUGUCUUGCCCGGCUUGCAUGUUGUACAUAGUAGUAUCUUAUAAAAGAAAUUUAUUCACGUUCUUGUUAAAUUUUGUUAUGACUAGUGUAAUAAUUCAGGUUUAUUUUCAAUAUUAUAUAUCAUAUUUAUUAAAGUUUGGCUGUGUCGUGUCAUUGCCGCGUAAAGAUCUUGUAAAUAUUGUAUGGCUUUAAACUAACUCAUCGAAUGUCACAAAGUAAACUCUUCCAAGAGUGAUGGCUAAUGUUUUAGAACAGGUUCGGGGAUCACACGACAGAGUUCCAAUUGCAUAAUGAGGUUAUAGUGUUUGCCAAAUUCGCGGAAUAAACGUUUAUUUUCUAUUGCCAAACAUAACGUCUCGAAAGAUAGCAACAACCGGCCAGUGUUGGACAUCCACUAGAAAUAAGAAAUUUAUCUGGUCCUUUUCGGAAAUACCCUCCAGAUCACAAUAAAGUUCUUAGUAAUUUUAGUAUACAUUACAUUCGGGCCAGUCGACAGACAUCGGCCAACCUUAAGUACUUACACAAUCUGAGGCAAGUUCCAUGAUGCAAGUGAACAUAAUACCUGAGUUCAGUCCCUGGUCCAAUGUGUGGGAAGCCGUCUUGCAUAUUAUGUCCUGAAACUAACGUCCAUAUUUGAAAUGAUUUAGCGUUAAGUGAUUCUGAUUUUUAUCUUUGAAAGCAAAGUCAGUUGUGCAAGUCCAUUACAUAAAUUCCAAAUGCAAUUUGUUAAAGUCAACUUAACACGGCAUAAGCGUCCUUAAAUUUGAUGUCAUUGUAAAGUUAAUUUUCACCUAAUGUAUACUUCUUUGUUGUUAUAUGCGUAUUAUAUAGUAUAUCGCGAACAUUGCGUAGGUUUACGAAACCUUGUUAAAGGAUAUAGUUACUUCUGUUAGUUUUUUGUCAAUUAAAGUGUCAAAUCGGCAUUAGAAUUUCAUUUUCAUUACAUCGUCAAUUGUUUUAUGUAUAUAACAGGAACAGUAGAUUUUCAUUAGUGAUGUGAAGUUAUUUGGUCAAUUCAAACGUAAGUGCCCUUGUGUUGCUCAUGAUAAUAGUUUGUGGUUUAUUAUCGCUUUUUACUCAUUAUAAUGCUCAAUAUUGUGGUCAUGAUAUUAGAUGAUUAAAUUUCGCUUUGGGUUUUAAUUUAUUUCUGUUAUUUAUUUAAUCAAAAAUCACUCAUAAUAAUUUUUCGUCGUUGACAGUCACCAUAACAGUAUAUUUGUUACGAAACGUUAUUACAAUAAAAUGGCCUUCAAUGUAUAGUAUUUAUUAGUAUUUACAAUUCAAUGAAAUCGUAUAGUUAUCGAAUUAAACAUUUAUCACGUGUCGUAUUGUUAAUAGAAAUCAGCAACAGAAUGUAUUAUACAAAAGAGUUUAUUUCGUAUUUUAGCAUAGUGUUUGUUGUUGUAAUAAUAGUUUUCAACAAAAGCACUGUUCGUGACUGUUGGAGGUUAUUGGCAAGAUAUUUGUGCGGGAAUUGCUUAUCUCUCGUGUAGACGCAGUGACCUUUACAGGUUACAGACGACCUCUCGCCGAUAGCGACACUUUCAGACGUCAACUGUUUUCAUUAUUCAUAAGUCAAUUCCUGCAUUAGUAAACACCUAUGGCCUUACUACAAAAACUUUAACCACUGUUUUAGGCUUGUCUAAAAAAAAUGUGGCUCCAAAAUGAACCAUAUGUCAACGUCAUAAUUUGACAUUUUUUUAGACAAGUCUUAAACUGACGUUAAAAAGUUUUUGUGGUAAGACGGUUUAUCUUUAACAUUUUGCUUGCCUCUAAACGUCAUUUAUUACAAGUUUAAUAAUAAACAAAACUCAAUUGAAAUCGAUAGAAACAAACAGUUAAAAAUGUUAUUGUUACCACUAGUUUAAGCACUGUCGAUUGUUUUAUUAUAAUAAUUCGUAAUAACUAUUGAAUAUAACAUGCAUUAUAUUAAUUGAAUCAUUCGUUUAUUGAUACUUAGUAGAUUUCUUCUGUUAAUAUUUUUCGGGGAGGUUGUUGAUUAUUGAAGUGGAUAUUGUGAAAAAUGCAUUCCAUUUGUCAAAACCGUUGAUUUAGCACUGUUCAUCGGCGCACCUAGUACAUGGAUAGCGAUAAAAGAAUGUGAAUACUAUAUUUUUACAGGCAAUAAAAUGCAUAGGAGAUACGCAGUCGUAAUUCCGUUUUGGAUUCAAUAUGACACUACUGAAUAGAUCCCCUGUUACUGAACGCGUUGUGUCAUAUUGACGUCUGCAUAACGUAGAUUAGACCAAUAUUUAUACAAUACCCAGACCAUUUAAAAUAAGAUAUCCCUUUCUAACGUAUUACAAUAUAAUAUCUAAUUAUACUGUCACAAAGGGAGUAAUAAAAUGUCAAAUGUUGCUCGAUUGUUACCGAUUAAGUUAUUAUAAAAUUGGACAGAAAUAUUUGUAUUUUGUCAUGUUUAUACAAAGGAAAAAAAUAUCUCAAUAUAAUAUCAUAGUCCAUUGUACAGAGUAGAAGAUAUUUAGUAUCUAGUGAGGUCAUCUUCUUCUUAAAUCCUAGUUAGUGAUAUAUUAGGAGUACUAAUUCCCAAAUAUGUAUCAUUUUUUGUCGCAUGACAAAUCCGCCACAAUAUUUGUCUACUACGUUACUUUCGUUUACGUCUGGAUCGCAUCUACCUAUGAAACUUCAAAUCAGGUUGUGUUAACCCCAUAUUUCAACCGUAACAAUGAAUGUGGCCUAUUUUAUUUAAUUCAAUAAUAUUAUGUAUGUUAUCAAGUGGCAUUUUUGUCAUGUGCAAACUUAACAUGUUAUAUUACUUAACAUAGCUGAUAUUAUAGCGGCUUAAGGCGGGCGUUACAUACAUGAUGAUCCUUACCUUACUUUAAUUUUUAGAUAUAGAUCUUUGAGUUUGCGUAUUCUGAUCAAAUGUUAUUGUAAAUUUGCUGUACAGUAAUCAGAGGUCGGCCGCCGCCGCGAGCCCGGGCUCGACAUCAUCUCGCAAGACUGUCGAUUCACCGAACAAUUUGAAUAUUAUGUAUUAUGUCAAAUGUAAAUAGAGUACGAAUUAGACAUUUAGACAUGUUAAGGGAUGUAAUCUUAGUGUUUUAUUUUUAUUAAUUGCUAUAAAAUGUAUAUGACGGGGAAAUUAUUAUAUGAAUAUAGAAUGAUGGUUAUGGUUGGUGCGAACCUUACGCGCGGCGGCGGCCCCAGCGCUGACUGCGCGAUGAAACAAUGCUGCGAUAUUCCUUGUGCCCCUCGAAAUAUCAGUGCAUUAUAUAUGAGUCAAGAUGUAUAGACGAUGCGGUAGUGUUAAUGUGUAUAGAUACGUUUAUACAAAGCUCGAGUCGGGCGGACGAGAGAUACAGACUUGCCAGCCGGUUCGAGCGAACGACGACUAGCUAUGAAUCCUGACAUCGGCUCACGUUAAUUAGCUUAUAAAUAUUUCAUCAAAAUAUAAAAUACACAAAAAAAAAUGGAUAUAAAUUUCUCGACCAAGUACUGGUUGUUUUUAAAUUAUUAAAAUGUAAAAAAAAAUUAGAAUAUAAACAAAGUAUAGGUACAAUUUAUGAAUUAUACUUUUCUUUUCGGCAUUUCAUGUAACAGUGGAAGAGACCUAGCUUUUUUGCUACACCGAAAUAUUUUGUGUAAGUUCGCAACCCAUGUUCACUAAGAACAUCCAAGCACACUUGUUGAAGCAACCUUACACAAUGUCGAAUGUUUCUAUAUAUUUUGUGAUUUCUUUUGCUCAUUGUCCUCUUCCAUUGCUUUUUUUUUGUUUGUCAACUGUCUAAGUGUAUAAUAUGAUUUUGUUAAGGCAGGGUAAUGCAGAAAUGUGAAGAGGUACUUUUUUAAUUUGAAUUGAUUGCGGAUUUGUUUGAAUGUUUUAAAUUGAGUUACUUUAUCCAUUCAAUGGAAUUUGUAUUGUUAUGAAAGGAGCCAGAGUUUGUUGUUUUUUUUUUUUAAUUAAGUCAAUUUGAAUUUCGAUUUAAUGAGGCAGCAGAUUAGUUUAUUAUAACUGUCAAGUUACCACAGAAACAAUAGUCAGAUAUAGGCUCUCUUUGGCGUUGCCCUAAAUAGUUUUGAAAACUUUGGCAGUGCGCGGACGCUAGCCGUCCGCAGUGCUUAUAUGGAAGUUUGAUAGGUAGUCAGUAUUAGAUCAUGCAAUACAUGAGCUGAAGAGAGGUUGUGAAGAGUAUCGUUAUAAAAGGUACCUAUUCAAAAUCUGGACAAACAGACUAACUUAUGUUAUACGACAGAUAGUGUUGCUGCAAUGUGCAUUUAUGCCAUCUUCACUUUAAUUUGAAUAAUGGGAUCAGUGCCAAACUUUCUCCUUCUUAUUUAGCUCAAAACGAUGCAAUUGUUAGCAUGCUUGAUGAAACAGCUAAGUAAUUGUUUAGUUAGUCUGCCAUUUUGUGAAUAUUUUGUUUUGAUAGUAAUAUGUAAAUCUUUUAUAAUAUAUUUGUUUACAAUAAAUAAAUGACAACAUUAUAAAUAAAUGAAA